AUGAGCCAAGAACAGCCAAGAAGAAGUGCUGACGAAGAUAAGCAGGAGCCCAUUAAAUAUGGAGAAGUGUUCGUGAACGUGAAGGGAGAAUUAGCAUCGAAGCCCAUAGCACCCAGAGACGCAGCCAUGAUGCAGUCAGCAGAAGCCCAGGUGUUGGGUGGAACCCAGAAAGGUGGCCCCGCGGCUCGCAUGGAAUCAGCCGCCGCAACCAACCAGCGAGCCGGUCUCAUCUCUCACGACGCCGUCACUAAUCUUGCCAGAAACGAAGGUGUCACCAUAUCUGCAACAAAUGAAGGCCGUGGCCACGUCGUCACCGAGACAGUGGGUGGGCAGGUGGUGGGGAAGUACAUGCAAGCUGCUGAGAAUAUUGAGGCAAACAAGAGUAAUAAUCCAGUGAAUGAAUCAGGAGAUGAUGCUGAUGCUGCAGCAGAAUGGAGGCAACCUCCAGGAUUUAGAGCAAGUAUAGACGAUGAUUUCAUAAGUGAACAGGGGGAUGCAACUCUUAAUCCUCGGUUGGUGCGCAGGGCUGGUGACAAUAAUUUUGUUCCAUCCGUAGUGGCUAAUCAUUUUGAUGUUGGUUGGGUGGACGGCAUGCAGGAGAAUGUGAUAAGUGGAAUACCUGGCGGCAUGGGAGCUUCCAUGGCCACCGCAGAUCAGAGGCUUACAAAGAAUAAAUGA